AAUAUAUUCUAUUUAUUAUUGGCGAAAAUGGGGCGAAAAAAGAAAACUAGGGUUAGGGUUUCCGACGCCGACGCCGAUGCCGAGGACGAAGGCGGCGCCGGAGAGAUCCCCUACGCAGCCGCCCUCGGCGGCGACGCCGAGGGGAAGAGCUUGUACGAGAUCCUUGGCGUAGAGAGAUCAGCAUCUCAACAAGAAAUAAAGAAAGCAUACCACAAGUUGGCUUUGCGUCUGCACCCCGAUAAGAACCCAGGCGAUGAGGAAGCUAAAGAGAAAUUUCAGCUGUUGCAAAAGGUGAUAUCUAUUCUUGGAGAUGAGGAAAAAAGGGCAUUAUAUGAUCAAACUGGUAUUGCUGAUGACGACGCAUUGGUCGGCAAAGCUGCAGAAAAUCUCCAAGAAUUUUUUAGGUCAAUGUAUAAGCGAGUCACAGAGGCUGAUAUUGAAGAGUUCGAAGCUAACUACAGAGGGUCAGAUUCAGAAAAGAAGGAUCUUAAAGACCUCUAUAUAAAAUUGAAGGGCGAUAUGAACAGGCUUUUUUGUUCUAUGAUUUGUUCUGACCCGAAAUUGGAUUCACACCGCUUUAAGGAUAUAAUUGACGAGGCAAUAGAAGAUGGUGAAUUGAAGUCAACUAAAGCUUACGCGAAAUGGGCGAAGCGAGUUUCUCAAAUGGAGCCUCCCACUGAUCCUCUAAAGAGGCGAGUGAAGUCAAAGAAGAAGCAAAAAGAAACCGAAGAUUUGGCAUUAGCAAUCAUGCAGCGGAGAACCCAGAGGAAAGAGCAAUUUGAUUCCAUCAUUUCUUCUAUCAUGGGAAAGCACGAUGCGGACGCUUCUUCAGAACCCACAGAAGAAGAGUUUCAGAAGGUGCAGCAAAGGAUUGAAAGCAACAGGCAGUCGAAAAGGCGUAAAAGAUAAACCUUCAGUAUAAAUCUUAGCAGUAGCGAUAGUAAGCAUCAUCUAAAAGCAGGAAAAAAGAGAUGUAAUCAUUUGCAGUAAACCGAACCCUACUGUGUGGAAGUCUUUUGUCUGCUCUAGAGAGAAAAAAAAAGAAAAAAAAAGAAGAGAAAAAGAUGUUGCUUUUGGUAAAUCAAAUGUCUGUUCCUCUUUAUAGCGUUUCUAUUGACAAACCUGCAAAUGCAUCGCAUUAGCGCGAGAGCUCUUUGAUUGUACAAAUUGUAUCUCAUUAGCAUUUUUCUAUCCUAAAUUUUGGAAUCUAGAUUACAUUGAAUGAAUGCUAACCGACCUUGUGGACUUGAAUC